AUGGCCAAAUUGUGGUUCAUGUUCGCUGUGGUAAUGUUGCUAUCUGCACAAGUUUGUUUGGCACAACCCUCGUGGUGGCUUCCGAAUGGUGAUGGCGCAGAAGCAACGCGGGUUCACAAAAAUCUAGGCCCUAACGCACCGCAGGUCUUCAAAAUUGAAAUAAAAAUACCGCCGAUAUUCGGAGGGGGAGGAGGUCACGGCGCAACUGGUCAGAGAAACGGCGCGAAUAACACCGGUGGUCCUAGUCGUAAACCCUUACUCAGAUUGUUCUGA